AUGGGAUUCACGAGGACAGGAACGCCUUCACGACCCUCCACAGAUGUUCAACUUCACGUUCUCUUCAGACGGGACGCGGGGGACAGCGUGGACUACUAUUGUGAUGGUAUAACCAGAAGGGACAAUAUGUCUUCCAAGAACAAAUGGCCGGUUUUAUUCGGGCUGUUACUUGUGAUAGCUGGUGUGGUGCUCAUUAUAAUAGGCAAACCAUAUUUUUUUUACGUUGGCUUGGCAGUAACGUGCCUGGGGGUCUUCACUUUUACCCUUGCAUUGUGCCUGGCUUGCAAACCCAGUCACGUCACAGUACCGGGUCACUGCAUUCUACACCCACGAACAGGGAUCUGCUACACUCCACAUCAAGCCCUUGCAGUGCAAAGGAGGCUGGACAGGAUCCGCAGAGCUGCGGAAGAGAAUCACAAUGAAGUCCAGACGCUCCCAUCAUCAGGCACUAAUCAACUGAGCCUGCCUGGAACCCCCCCUCCCUGGCAAAUGGAACCUCCACCAUCCUACGAGACUGUUAUGAAGACUACAACAGCUAUUGACCAAUAAUAAACAACCACUACAAUAUCUAAGGAUAUGAAUUGGAAGAAGCUAAUGCUAAGAGAGAACUGAAUCUCAACAAGUUGUAUAAGGACAAGUUUCCAGGUCUACUACUUUCCCUCCCGUCAUCUUCGUUCUAAAAAUGAGCGACGCCUGCUUGUUACAUCACAGCGAGGCACCAAAUUGCUUGCAAAACCCUCUACUCAUUCGGUUCCCCUGUGGUGGAAUGAACUGCCAGCCUCCACCCGAACUGCAGCAUCCUUCACAACUUUAAAAAAACUGCUCAAAACAUACCGGUUCUGAAUUUUUUUGACUAACCAAAAACUGUCUGACUCAGUAUCUGCCUAUCUUGUUGUUGUUUAUUCUCUCCUUUGCUUACUCCAGAGAGCAUGGCCUUGUAAACUAACUGUACAGUUUAAUGUGUUGACAAAAGGUUCAUAUGCUCGCUUUGGAUAAAGGCGUCUGCCAAAUGAAUAAAUGUAAAUGUAAGGAUAAAGGAUUUCUUUUCAUGAUCUUCAGGGACUGUAUUGCUGUAUGUCUUGAAGAUUAUGGUGUGCCUUCAUUGACGAUUCAUUGUUUUGUAUUUUCUCUCUCAGUAAUCGUUUCACCCACAUUUUCCUGGGAAGAUAUUACAAAAUGCUGCAGAAUAACAUCCAGGGAAUGUUUUUGGAAUGCAUCUGAUUCAAGUUUUACAUCAUAUUUUGCACUUUUUGCUACUUGAGUAACCUGACUGAAUUUGAACACACACCGCUCGCCUUGAAAAACCCAGGGAAAACAUAUACUGUAGGACUAUUGAAUGUUUUGGUUUUGGCAGUGCCAACCAUUUAUCUGCAUGUAUAUUUUAAAGGGACCGUUAUCUGUCAUGUAUAUUCUACUAUUACACACUUCACAUUUGUCAUGAUGUCUUGUUGCUGUAAACAACAGCUUUACAGUUACAUCUAACAAUCUUAAUAGAUUACGUUCUUAUUAGACCCCAUUUUUUUUAUUUUUUAUUAGUAGGAUUGAGGAAAUGUGCUUUUUUCCUGUAUGUUCCAGACACUGUCACUUUAAAAAGCUUGCCUAUAAGUUUUGUCUGUGUGGUAAGGUAUCUGUAUUCAAUGUAUCUCACUGAUUUAUUUAGUCUUUUUUUUUGUUCAAGUGUAUUUUAUACCCUCAACAUAUAAAGAUGACACAAAACAGUUUUUAUUCUAUUUUUAACUAAAACUAUUCAUUGACCAACUA